AUGAACGCCAUCCUCGUCGAAGAAUUCGGGCCCCCCGAGGUCCUGAAAAUGAAACAAGUCACGACCCCAGACCCCAAGCCAGGCCACGCCAUAAUCAAGAUCAAAGCCUUCGGCAUAAACCACGCCGAGAUGCACAUGCGCCGUGGAGAGUGGGCAGAAAGCAUGCCCAUCAUCGGCAUCGAAUGCGUGGGACUCGUCGCCGCCUGCCCGGGCGGCGAAUUCGCCGUCGGGACCCCAGUCGCAGCGGUCAUGGGCGGCCUGGGCAGGACGAUCAGCGGCAGCUAUGCCGAGUACACUAGCGCGCCGGUGGGGAAUGUGGUCAAGCUGGGGGAGAGCGAGGAGGAUCUGAAAGAGGUAUUGGGGUUGGGAUGGGGGCAGGUAGCCGCCAUCCCGGAGACGAACCUUGAGGUCAAGGCCGGGGAGAGAUUGUUGAUACGAGGCGGUACGAGCAGCUUCGGGAGGGCCGCUAUCAAUCUUGCGGUUCAGAAAGGGGCGGAGGUGACGGCGACUUCCAGGAACACGGAGCGGUUUGCAGACUUGAAGGACUUGGGGGCGACUGAAGCACUCCUCGAGGUGCCGGACCUCUCCACUCGUCUUCUCAGUGAGGGUCGGGACAAGUUCGACGCCGUCCUUGAGCUUGUCGGCAACAGCACCGUCCUCGACUCUCUCAAGCUGGUCCGCCGCGGUGGUCACGUCUGUCUCGCAGGCUUCCUGGGCGGUCUCGAGCCAAUCCCAGACUUCAAUCCGCUGCUGCAGAUGGCCAGCGGCGUUCACUUCAGCUUCUUUGGUAGUUUUGUGUUUGGCAAAGCGGAAUUCCCGCUCUCGGAUGUACCUCUCAAAGACAUUUUACGCAUGGUGGCGGAGAAUAAGGUCAAGGCGGAGCCAGGGCGGGUGUGGAAGUUUGAUGAGGAGGACAUUAGAGAAGCACAUCGGCACAUGGAGGAGAGCAAGGCAGGUGGGAAGAUGGUUGUGGUGGUCGAGUAA